CGAUACGGAUAGGUGCGCAUUUAAUACACCACCACCACAACAAAAAUACGACCCGUAUAUGCAUGGGCAUGGCGCGGACGCCGACGCAUGGCGGGUCAAACGCACGACGCCGCCGACGCACUAUAUAUCCGUCGCACUGCUUACCCUACGCUACGUCGUGUCCGUGUGUGCCGUGUCCGUGUGCGCGACUAGCUAGCUAGUGCUGUGCACAGUGUACUCAUCUCAUCUCUAUCUAUCCGCGCACGCAGGAGGAGAGCAGGCGGCCCACGACGUGCAGGGCGCGGCGGCCAUGGAGGGCCACUACUCGCCCACGGCCUCCGCCGCCGAGGCGGGCGGCGAGCGGCGGUUCCGCGGCGUGCGGCAGCGGCCGUGGGGCAAGUGGGCGGCGGAGAUCCGCGACCCGCACAAGGCGGCCCGCGUCUGGCUCGGCACGUUCGACACCGCGGAGGCCGCGGCGCGCGCCUACGACGAGGCCGCGCUCCGCUUCCGCGGCAGCCGCGCCAAGCUCAACUUCCCCGAGGACGCGCGCCUCACCACGGCGCCAUCCGCUGCGGUCGCUCCGGCGGCGGCGGGAUCCACGACGACGAUGGCCGUGGCGGCCUCGGCGGGCGGGUCGUACCAGCAGGAGGCCAGCGCCGCCGUCGUCUCUGCAGACUACCUGCAGUACCAGAUGAUGCUUCUGCAGGGGGCCACCAGCGGCCAAGGCAGCAGCAGUCAUGGCGGGUAUCCUCUGUACUACGACUAUGGCGGCCACGGCGGGGCUGGCGCUGGCGCUGGUGGUGGUGCCAUGAGCAGCUCCUACUCUUUCCCCGCCUCCACGGUUACCGUGGCUUCUGUGCCGUCGUCCUCUGCCUCCUCCGCUCCCAGCUAUGGCGAGGCGGCGCAGUGGGCAGGCAGCUGGCCGGAGAGUAGUGCGUGGAGCUAUCCGGCGACCACGGCUUCUUGGUCUGGAUCAAGCCAGUAUGAGUAUCCACCGUCAACUCGUCCACCUCAAUAGUCCAUGCUCCAUGUUUCAUUUCAUAUAAGACGUAUACACGGCCUUCCUUUUUUUCCCCCAUCUACUCCACAAAGAACAAAGCUUUUGUGGUUCAGAAGACACAGAUAGAUAGAUGAUUUUGUUCAAGAUGCAUGCAUCCGUGCAAGAUCCAAGAGAAGAGGUUGCGAGAUUGUGUUUCUUCUUUGCUUGUGGUGGUGUUGAAUCCUGUAUCGAUCAUGUGAUAAUGAUUCUGGUUGCAACUAAAUCGAAGACGCACGUGAUAAUAAAUAAUAUCUCAUUAAGAA